AUGAAUUCUUUCAUCAAUGAGCUCUUUUUGAAUAAAUAUAAGGAAAAACUAUUGGAAAAGGCUAAAAAAGUAGGUGCUGGGGACAUUUCCCAGUUGAAGGAAAAGUUGAAAGAUGAAAUUGAGGAGAAAAAGAGCGAGUUCUCGAAAAUUGAUCCAUUGAAAGAAUUAGACAACUAUCUUUCAAAGAACCAAAAUACAGCUCACGAUCCUAAGAUAAUUAAAAUCAAUAAGCCUUUAGAUCAAAAAAAAAUUGAUUCUGAAAAAUUAAAUAAGAAACCCUAUAAGACGUUGAAUUCUUAUAUUGACGUUGAAAAGGUUUCGAAUUUAAAACGUGAAGAAAUUGAAUUUAUUUGGAAUUCAAGAUUUAUGAAUAAAGAAAACACUUUAAUUGCUGCAACUGAUUUGGAAACCUUUAAUAUAAUGCUCUCAAAUGCCAAAAAGAAUCCAAUUUUUUUGCUACCUUUACCCAAAGAUGGUGUUUCUGAUAUAGCCAAUUCCAACUCUAAUAAACCACAUAAGAAUCACGAACUCCAUUUGAUUCAAUGGAUAUUUAGUGAAAAAUUUACAACUCACUGUAUAAUUACAACUUUAGCAGAAUAUAAGUUGAAUAAAGAGUUUUCAAGACCUCACACAACUUUAACUUUUCAUUCAGAGCUAGCUGAUUCGAAAGACAUAAUAUUAAUUAACGGUUUAGUCGAAAGCGAAAACAUUAAAUUACCUGAAGCUCAAUACCUUGUAUUAAAUGUUCAGAAAUUUUAUGGGGGUCUUAAAAACAGUGUCGAACCAAAUAAAAGAAGACUAAAAUUAUUAAACGAUUUUACAUCAGGUAGUUCUGAGUUUAAUCUUCAAGACUUGAUCAAUGAAUCCGAUAUUCAUUCUUAA